AUCGACGCAACUCUAGGCUCGGUUUUCCUCUGCUUUCACUUUCAGAGCUCGCCAUCUUAAAGGGUCAAGACACCACAUCCCUGGUCUGUGUCCGGGGACAGAGGGUACCGCUGAAGCUUCAAAAAGCAUAAGCCAUACGAGCAUCGCCUGGUUGAUACUCGCUUCUCCCUCUGUAAUCCAUCCAACAUGAGCUCGAAUCGCUUAUUGGAUAUGCUGAAAUCAGCUACCACCUCUAUCCCGCCGACAACGUCGUCGUCUUCUCAGGGCUCGUUCGACCAGCAGCCCGAACCUUCGACGUCGUCAUCUGGAGGAGCUGAGACCUCUGUUCAAUCUGGCGGAUCACCGAGAGAACCCUCGCCAUCGCCUCCACCUCCAUCCCUUCAGGCAGUCUCCCUCUCCGAGUUGUUCGCAAGCAUGACCACAACGAAGAGCACUUCUUCCGCCCCAUCUCCUCAACCGCUUAAGUCGCCUCAGGGACCUUUGUCCCCACGUUCUGAUCAAAAGGCAAAGCUCUUAGGCAUGUUGAAUUCGAUUUCUCCAACGCCCGCAGUCCAAAAGCAGGAUGGAUCCGGAGGUAGUGGCGCGGCACAGUCCAGUAGCGACGAUACGGAGAAGACGAGACCGCCUAUGGGACCAUCGGCAGCAGCGGAAGAUAUCCUGCGCGGGAGUGAUGGGAUAGGAUCUCAGACGCGUCCCUCGACCAUUGGCCAGCCGGUCAUCCAUCAUCCCUCCGGUACCGACCCCACAGAUGAUGCGCCAUCUGGUUCUGAGACCCCUGUUUCUGGUCAUGCUGCUCCUCCCGCGGUGACCUCUCCUUCAUCUAAAGCCAGAUCACUUGAACCAGUAUCCGCCGGACCACUCAAGAAGGCAAUGUUCGAAUUCGUGUCCCCUUUCUCAGCAUUUGAACCCCCUCCCAAGCCCCCACCGGUCAAACAGGCCGACAAAGUGGAGACUGGACCAUCGAAUGGUUCCGUGUCCCCGAAGCCUCCGUCAGCAAAGCCAGAAGCGGGCAAAGCAACACCAGCUCUCGCUUCGCUGGCUGAACCUCCUAGAGUUCGACAAGCGAGCGGUGUGGCAUCUUCGGGGUCCAGCAAGGAUCUAGGGCUGCCAUACCUUCUCGGUAAAGUCGUCGCAAAGGGCGUGGAGGGUAAAGGACCCGAACGCCUCGGAAAAGAUGGCAUCAACAUUGAUCUAUCUCAAUCUAAUCUGGACUCGUUGGUUAAUUCGCCAGAAGCCAUCCAAAUCAUUCCCACGACUAUCAUGCGAAGUGAGAACGUCUCGUACCACAAGGGUCGAGAUGUGGGUCUCACUUCGACCUGGCUAGCGUACACCAUGUCGAAAGGCAGAGCACGACUCAUCGAUUACAACUCCGCUGCUAGGCUUGUCCUUCAGCUCCCACCCCGACACACCAAUGGACCCGUCCUAGACCUGGCGGUGACGUCCACAUUGGUAGCUAUGAUUGGGGUCGAUCAUUCCGUCACAGUCUUCCAGGUGCCCAAGAAUUGGACAAAGGACGACCCGCCGACCCAGAUGAUCCUGCACAUGACUCAAAAGGGUGCAGACGAUGAGGCGGACACCGCGAGUAUCGGUGCUCUGUUCCGGGUCGAAUGGGUCGAAAGGGGUAAAUCUGAGCCAUUGUUAGCUGUUGGAGGACCCAACGGUGUAAUCGUCUUUGAUCCGAUGAGCUAUCGAGAUCGCGACUUGGUCACACUUGCAGACGUCAGCUCGGAGCAUAAGCGACUGUCAACGGAGGGACGCCUCGUCGGGUUUUGCCUCAAUGCCAGCCAUCAAGCGAUCGGUCUGCUGUCCGACUCGUCAACAUUCACUCUCUAUAAUGUUUCUAAUUUGAAUCGCGUUUGGAAUCGUAAACUCCCCAGCAAGACCAAUGCCGAAGCUCCCAGCUCUGUUCAGUUCUGCGAGAGCAACAUCCUCGUCGGCAGAAGUAACAAUACCUCCUUUGAUCUUGUUCAAAUCACCGUCGACCUCGCCGUCCUCACUACUAUAUCCUUUGCCGCAAAGUCACCAUCACCUCCUCAUCUUCACUUUGGUCAGGCGGUAUAUGAUGCUUCCCAUACCAUACUCUGGAUCGCACCGUUCAGUCGUGGAUCUCUGUUCGGGUUCAAGUAUAAUCUCAAAGGGGUGCACCCAGCCAAAGCGAAUGAUCUUCCAGCAGCGUUCGAUAUGUUUGCAGAGUACCCUUUAGAACCAGUUCUCAGCCUGGUCAUUGGCCCCUCUAGAUCCACCGAAGACCAGACGGAAAUGUUUUUCGCCACGCCAAACGGGUUCAAUCAGGUCCAGAUCCCGAAGAUGACAACUGAUGCUCUUACUUCGGCAUCUGAGCAGCGGGCAGAGACCAUCCCAGCGCUGUCUGUUCCUCCACCUGCCCAGCCCAAAUCUACACCUUCUCAAGCGUCGAAAAGAGCUGCUAAAGGCAAUACGGUCCAAACCCCUGUCAAGCAGUCUCCCGCCUUGUCUGCGGCGGCUGUCUUUGCAGAUACAAAGGACACGUCGUUGUCCGGGACUGAGGCGAGCACGGACAAGGAAAAAGGCAAGGGAUCGACUCAGGACUCUGGCUCGUCUGACGAGAUCGCCAAGGCUUUGAAGAGGACCGAGAACACUUUACAGAGCAGUUUCAAACAGCUCAUUGCGAACCAGGUCGGUCCGAUAUCCUCUCGUCUCGAUUCACUGGCCACUGGUGGGCUUGCCGAUGAGAUCAGUGCCAAGGUCGAGAAGCAGCUCAAAGCAUCAGUCACCGCAGCUGUUCAGCAAGAAGUCAAGAAGACCGUUCUUCCCGCUCUGAACACGAUGAUUCAAUCGGAGCUCCGAUCUGCAGUCACGUCCACGAUUCCCCCGGCUUUGAGUACGGCACUGCAAGGCAUGCCUCGAGAUCUAGAAAGAACGCUGGCACCUGCUUUUCAGCGGAUCGUGUCGAGCGUCGUGCAGACAUCUAUCGACCGAGCAGUCCAAGACGCGUUGACCAACUCUUUGCUGCCGACGAUGGAUGCCGCCAAUGCGAGGCUUGCCGAACAGCUUCAAUCGGACUUCAAAUCGGAGAUGGUACAAAUUCGCAAAGACUUUUCACCUCCUCUUGCGGAGCCACAACCAUCCCAUGAACCUCUUCUCCGAGCCCUCGCGGCGUCGGUAGCGGAGCUACAGCAGCAAGUAUCCGCCUUGUCCGCUCAGGUGUCCCGCGGUGCCAGUCAGCGACAUGGGCCCCCUGAGCCAUCGAAUGCGCCUCUUGGACCUGCACCUAUAAUACAGUAUCAACCUCAAAAUUCCUACCAGUCUCAUCCUUCCGCUCCUCCUCUUGCUCCAUCCGCUCAACAGCCAGCCCCUCAGCUCCAACAGACUCCAGCUCAAUUGGAAGAUGCGUUCCUCUCUGCGCUCGGAGCUCAAAACACGGGAUCGACCAUUCAACUUGUGAACGAAUACUGGCCAAGAACGGAACAAAUCUUACCCACGCCUCCUGGUAAAAGUCCAUUGAGUCAAGCGGUCCUGUUGACCUUGUUCCAUCGUGCCGCUGUGGCUGUCAGUGAAGUCUCACCGUACGAUGCUCCCUUCUCAAGAUUGGCUCAGUGGCUCCGACGAGUGGCUCAGCUUUUGGAACCUCGAAAUCCGGAGACUGCUUCAUUCUACCCUCGUGUCUUGCCCGUCGUCCAGGGUAUCAUCAACAACACGAUCGGGAUGAUCAGUCAAAGAUUCCCGGGAGACGUGGAGAAUGUCAGGUUGUUGAGAUCUAUUCUCGAGGUCGUAGGUGGCAGGUGAUAAUAGCUUCUGGUGGAGCUGGAGAAAGGCCGGGUAGCGGCAGGAGAUCAGGGCGAAGGACUUGAAAAGAGACGAGAGAUAUCUGAGACAGACGACCGGAAUUACCUACUGUUCCUAAGCAUUACCAUCAUCUGAGGUCCUGUGUAUCCCUCCAAUCAUCAUG